GAAGGGGCGCGCGGUGGCAGCACCUCCCCGCGCGCGGCUUAAAAAGAAGAAGAAAAGAGGGAGCGAAACAUGAGAGCCCCGGCGAGCUGCAGCAGCCCGCGCCGGCAGCGGCGGAGCAGGCAGGCAGGCAGCCCCCCAGCAGCCAGGCGCCCGCUGCCCGGCCUGCCGCACCUCCCGUCUAUGGGACCGCCGGGACACGGCGGCUUCUCCGCGCCGGCCGGGGGCAGCGCGGCGCCGGCUCUGCCCUAGGCUGCAAACCUGGUCCCCCGCGCCGCUCCGCCUCAGCAUCCUCCUGCCCCGUGUCUUUUCUUGUUUGUUUGUUUUUUGCACCCUCCGGCGGCGGGUUUUUCUGCCCCCCACCUCCCAGUGCUGCCCCAUCAAGGCAACCCCCGCCAGCAGUGCCCCCACCCCCCGCCCCGGCGAUGAUGCUCCGGAGACUCCCGCUGAAGCUGCUGCUGGUGGCGGCGGUGCUCUGCUUCCUCGAGGGCGACGCCAAGUUCGGGGAGAGCGGGGCCAGGAGGCGGCGGUGCCUCAACGGGAGCCCGCCGCGGCGCCUGAAGAAGCGCGAGCGGAGGCUGCUGCUGCUGGACGAGCCGGCGAGCGGCGCGGAGCUGCUGCCCUGCCGGGGCCACUACCCGCGCCUGUCCUGCUGCGCCCGGGCGGGCCGGCACGGGCUGCUGCUGCUGCCCGCCGCCACCAAGAUAUUUUCUGUUACCAACAACACAGAAUGUAUGAAGCUACUGGAGGAAAUCAAAUGUGCACACUGCUCACCACAUGCUCAGAAUCUAUUCCAUUCACCUGAGAAAGGGGAAACAUCUGAAAGAGAACUAGUUCUUCCCUACCUGUGCAAAGACUAUUGUAAAGAAUUCUUUUAUACUUGCAGAGGUCACAUACCAGGUUUUCUCCAAACAACAGCUGAUGAGUUUUGCUUUUACUAUGCAAGAAAAGAUGGUGGCUUGUGCUUUCCAGAUUUCCCAAGAAAACAAGUGCGAGGCCCAGCUUCUAACUAUUUGGACCAGAUGGAAGAAUAUGACAAAGUGGAAGAGAUCAGCAGAAAACAUAAGCACAACUGCUUCUGUAUUCAAGAGGUUGUGAGUGGGUUGAGACAGCCUGUUGGAGCAGUGCAUUGUGGGGAUGGAUCUCAUCGUCUCUUUAUCCUUGAAAAGGAGGGAUACGUGAAGAUUUUCACUCCUGAGGGGGAGAUAAUGAAGGAACUUUUUCUGGACAUACACAAGCUUGUUCAAAGUGGAAUAAAGGGAGGAGAUGAAAGAGGGCUGUUAAGCCUUGCAUUCCAUCCCAAUUACAAGAAAAAUGGAAAGUUGUAUGUGUCUUAUACCACCAACCAAGAGCGGUGGGCCAUUGGACCUCAUGACCACAUCCUUAGGGUUGUAGAGUACACAGUAUCCAGGAAAAAUCCACACCAAGUUGAUAUGAGAACAGCAAGAAUGUUUCUAGAAGUAGCAGAGCUACAUCGAAAACAUCUAGGAGGACAGCUUCUAUUUGGUCCAGAUGGAUUCUUAUACAUUUUCCUGGGUGAUGGCAUGAUCACUCUGGAUGAUAUGGAGGAGAUGGAUGGUUUAAGUGAUUUUACAGGUUCCGUAUUACGUCUGGAUGUCAAUACUGAUUUAUGCAAUGUGCCUUAUUCCAUACCACAAAGCAAUCCACACUUUAACAGCACCAAUCAACCUCCUGAAAUUUUUGCACAUGGACUCCACAAUCCAGGCAGGUGUGCUGUGGAUCGCCACCCAAUAGAUGUAAAUAUCAAUUUAACAAUACUUUGCUCUGACUCAAAUGUAAAGAACAGAUCUUCUGCAAGAAUCUUACAGAUAAUAAAGGGUAAAGAUUAUGAAAGUGAACCUUCACUUUUAGAAUUCAAACCAUUCAGUAGUGGACCGCUGGUUGGUGGAUUUGUAUACCGGGGCUGCCAGUCCGAAAGACUUUAUGGAAGUUAUGUAUUUGGAGACCGCAAUGGCAAUUUUUUAACACUACAGCAGAGUCCUGUGACCAAACAGUGGCAAGAGAAGCCUCUUUGUCUUGGGAACAGUGGUUCGUGUAGAGGCUUCUUCACAGGCCCCAUCUUGGGAUUUGGAGAAGAUGAAUUAGGUGAAGUGUACAUUUUAUCAAGCAGUAAAAGCAUGACACAGUCUCAGAAUGGGAAACUCUACAAGAUUGUUGACCCAAAAAGACCUUUAGUCCCUGAAGAGUGCAAAAGAACAGCUCAGUCUGCACAGAUACUGACAUCUGAAUGCUCAAGGCAUUGUCGGAAUGGGCACUGCACUCCCACCGGAAAAUGCUGCUGUAAUCAAGGCUGGGAAGGAGAAUUCUGCAGAACUGCAAAGUGUGACCCAGCGUGUCGACAUGGAGGUGUCUGUGUAAGACCCAAUAAGUGCUUGUGUAAAAAAGGAUAUCUUGGCCCCCAGUGUGAACAAGUGGAUAGAAACAUCCGAAGAGUGACAAGGGCAGGUAUUCUUGAUCAGAUCAUAGACAUGACAUCCUAUUUGCUGGACCUAACCAGCUACAUUGUAUAGUUUCUGGGACUAUUUGGAUACUACAUUUUCAACGGGCAUUUAUUUCUAAUCCUGUCAUUUUCAAAAGACUGUCAUCCUGCUACAAACACCAGUGAUUCACUUUACUUUCAUUAACUAUAAUUUCCAGAAAUGUACAGAUUAAUUCUUUGCAUGUGUGUAUGUAUGUUUGUACAUCUGCACCGAUGUAUGAAUGUCCACAUACAUAUAUAUACCCGUCACAGGUGUGGUUCCAUAACCAGUGGAAUUUUUAAAAAUAUUUCUUCAUGUGAAAUAGUUUACACAGUAAUUCCACAGUAAAUUACAAUUUCAAAGGACUUUUUUAAUGAUGUCAAAAUGGAUUCCUUGACACCCCAUCAAUUUUCUGUCUGUAACUAUCUGUUUAUAGCAAUAAGAGCAGUUUUGAAACAUUACUGUCCAAACUGCUGGGUUUAAUUAAAUUCAGUUAUAAUAAUUUUAAGGCGAAAUGAACUACAUUAUGAGAUAAUAUUUCAGAUUUCCUUAAUGCAUUCCUAAAUAGGCAAUUCAUUGUAAAAUUGUAACCUUCACCUUCAUCAAUGUAAUUCCAUUACAGAAUGUUAUGCACUUCUUUAUCUGGCAUAGAUGCAGAAAUUUGAUUAUCGCAGCUUAAUAUUGAGAUUGUUUCAAGUGUUUAAUAAUUAAAUUAUAUCAGUGUAUUUCAAAACCAGUCAUCUUAGAAGGUCUGCUUUUUAUCAUAUAUUUUAUUUAACAAAGGGCACUGGGUUCAUGUUACAUAUUUAUAUUAUUUUAUUUUAUUUUUAUAAUAUAGACAUCACCUAGAUGAAACAGCUUUACCAUGUCCUGUAAAAUACUAAAGUUACAUUUUUCACCAACUUAAUUGGAAUGACGGGGAAAGAGAGAGCAAACACAAUCUUUAAUGUGUUAUGGAUCUAAUCUAGAAAUGUACCCUUGUGUCAACAUGUAUUGAUUUACGACGGAUGAAAAACCAGCCACCAACCAAUCAUAGUAAAAUUCAAGCCUACUGUAAAAAUGCUCAUAAAGUGCUUUUCACAAUAACAGGACUGGCCAGAUUAUACAUUAUUAGACUGUGGCAGAUUUCACACUGAAAGGAACUUCACUGGACAAGAGCUCGCAUUAGCAAGUCUUGGCUGUUUAAGAUGUCACUUGUACAAAACUUUAUAUGAUGAUUAUUGCUAAAUAUGGUUUUAAAAUGUAAAUGUUCCUUGGAGAGCUAACAAAAACUUUUGUAAAUGUAUCAAUAAAUAUGGUGUACAUGCUGUA